CGCCGCCAUUUUGCAGGAAGAGGAGUAUCCAGGCCUGUCAGCGAGGGGGGAGCAGCGUCUGCCAUGGCCAAUGUGCUCUGUAACAGAGCAAGAUUGGUCACUUACCUCCCAGGCUUUUAUUCCUUAGUUAAAAGAGUUGGGAAUGCCAAAGCUUUUUCCACUGCAGGAUCCUCUGGCUCAGAUGAGCCUCAUGUGGCUGCUGCACCUCCUGAUUUAUGUCCCAGGACGGUGUGGCCGGAUGAGGUGAUGGGGCCCUUUGGUCCCCAGGAUCAGAGGUUCCAGCUGCCUGGGAACAUUGGCUUUGACUGCCACCUCCAUGGCACAGCUUCCCAGAAGAAAUCCCAAACUUCCAAGAGCCUCCCUGAUAUUUUAGCAGAGCCCUCAGCCAGCGAGAGGCACGAAUUUGUCAUGGCUCAAUACAUCAACGAAUUCCAGGGCUCUGAUGCUCCCCAGAAGCAGCAAAUCAAUAAUGCUGAAACCUACUUUGAAAAUGCCAAGGUGGAAUGUGCAGUGCAAGCCUGUCCUGAGCUGCUGAGAAAAGAUUUCCAGUCCCUGUUCCCAGAGGUGAAUUCCAACCGUCUGACUGUGCUCACUGUCACCCAGAAAACCAAAAAUGACAUGACAGUGUGGAGCCAGGAGGUGGAGGAUGAGAGAGAGAUGCUGUUAGAAAAUUUCAUCAAUGGUGCCAAGGAAAUCUGCUAUGCAAUUUCUUCUGAGGGCUACUGGGCUGAUUUCAUUGACCCUUCCUCAGGACUGGCAUUUUUUGGGCCUUACACCAACACCCCCCUGCUGGAGACGGACGAGCGCUACCGGCAUUUGGGGUUUUCCGUGGAUGACCUGGGAUGCUGCAAAGUGAUCAGGCACAACCUUUGGGGUACCCACGUGGUGGUGGGGAGCAUUUUCACCAAUGCUGAGCCUGACAGCCCCAUCAUGAGGAAACUCAGUGGAAACUGAGCCCUCCCAGCUCCCUCAGGUUCUCCUGACCUCUGGGCGCUUUGACUUUUGAUGAUUCUCCCUCGGCAUCGUCAGGAAUUCCUCACUUUGCAAGUGUUCUUAGAGAAUAAAAGUAGCUGUUAUUUAUUUGGA